AUGUCGCCGAUCAAGACAGUCGCAGUUCUUGGUGCUACCGGAAAUGUUGGUAAAGCCGCGAUUCCAGCUUUGCUCUCUGCCGGCUUCACUGUAACGGUCAUUGCGAGGCCCGAGAGUACCUCGACUUAUCCUCAAGGCAUCGCUGUCAAGAAUUCUGCUUAUGAUGACUUGAAGACACUUACUGAGGUAUUGAAAGGCCAGGAUGCUCUUGUUGAAGCAUUUAAUCCCGCCGCUGCCGAGCACCAGAGCACCAUCGUACAGGCUGCUCUGGCCGCCGGCGUGUCUCAUUUGAUCACGCCAGAAUUUAGUACCGACUCUUUUUCCGCUCAUUCUGCAGAAAUUCGAAUCUUUGAGCCUAAACAAAAAGCACAAAAAGAGCUUGAGAGACUCACGUCGGCGCCUGACUGCACUCUAUCAUGGACAGGCAUUAUUCUUGGGGCGUGGUUUGACUGGGGCAUCGAGGAGGGAUUCUUCUGGGUUAACAAGAAGGAUCGCACCAUCACGCGCUUUGGUUCUGGUAACCAGAAAGUCUCAAUCAGUCAUGUUGCACUCGUUGGAGAUACUAUUGUGACUGUUCUUCAAAACCCAGAAAACUACCGAAAUCGGGUUGCUUAUUUUGCAGAUUAUGCCGUUAGUACGAAUGAGCUUAUCGACAUGAUUCAAAAGUUCUCGGCUCCGGGAGAAUGGAACAUUGUGGAUCUUUCUGUUGAGAAUUUCAAGAAGGAAGGACUCGCGCUUUGGGAUGAAGAUACCAAGCAAGGCGUAACGAAUCGGCUGUUUAGCAAAGCAUAUACGAUGCUAGGGACCGCAGGAGUAUUCGAUGAACAGAAUCGCUACGAUGGAGACUAUACGGCCAAGCUAGAGCCUGGAUAUGGCAAGCCUAUUGAAAGCCUUGAGGAAAGUCUUAGAAAGCUGCUAGGAUAUGCUUGA